AUGCUCAACGCCCUCCUUCCGCUCUUGCGGGUAUGCUCGGUGUUCUACACGAUUGCUUCACGGAUACUAUACCGUCGCAUACCGGAUCUGGGCCCCGUCAGGCUCAUCAAGUGCCUUCGAGUCCUGCUCAGGAAGGACUCCCUCGUCCAACACGUCCGCGACUUGAACAUCGACAUCGCCCCGAUAUCGCGACCGCUGCGCGGUCUGAACGAUCUGCUGCGUCGCGUGCUUCUGCGCCUCCCUCGACUCCGGCGUCUCACCGUCGAAUGUAGGCACGCCCACCCCCACCACGACCCCUUUCUCAUGGCUACCCUCUGCGCCGCCUCCCACGCCUUCUCCCUCCGUCACCUAUCCGUCACGCUUUUCCCCGACGAGCAGCUCGCGUCCUUCCUCGCAAGCCAGCCCCAUAUCGAGGAGCUGGUCCUCCGUGGCCCGCCCGCACCACCGCAUGCCGAUUUCCUACUGCCGUGUAGCGCGCUACCCCGCCUACGCAGCUUGCGCUCAGUUCACACCGGGCCCAUAUUGCUCCAGCAUAUCAUCUCCGGGCGGCCGGUUCAAGAUUUCUUCCUAGUCAUAUCGGUGGCCGCCCUCGAGCCCUUUUUGAAUGCCAUCGCGCGCUCCGCCAUGCCGGCGGAGAGGUUGACGCUCAUGGUGCUGGAGAAAAUGUCGCCCAACGACGUUGUACGGCAAGUAUCGGAGCGCAUGACCUCGCUUGUGAUGCUCAAUAUGGUGUUCCUGCAGCCGCAGGGCUCCGUCGACACUCUCCUCGAUAUGAGGGAACCGUUGAAGAAGUUCACGGCGCUCCGGGAGCUGGCGUUGAUGACGGCCAACCUGAAGAUGGACGAGGAAGCACAGGAGAAGACUGCGAAGGCAUGGCACGGGUCGUGUCCCACCCUAAAGUCGAUCAUGCUCCCGCAUGGCAAAGCGUGGUUCCUUAUAGAGGGAAAUACUUGGACCAAAGCAAGUCUUGGUUGA